AGUCUUCAUUUUGAGUGCAUUCCUUUGCCACAAACUGUUCAAACUCGAUAUCACAGAUAUCCUCUUACUCUCAAGGAAUACUUAGAUGGUUAUGAUUACAAUGACCAAUUCUGCGAUGCUUGCAAGACAAAUGGAUGUCCGGAUCAUGCCAUUUAUUUUUGUGAAGAAUGCGAGUUUGUAGCUCAUAUUUUAUGUGUGGUCUCUCUGGAUGAAUGUCAGAGAUAGUUCAGAGAAAGGAGAUACUGGAAAAGAGCAAGAAGGUGGCACCAAAGAAAAGGAGACAGAUGCAGAAGGACCUAUUGGCUACCGUUGCUGAGCUGCUGCAAAGUACAGACAAUCCUUGCUCUCCAGACAGAGAAUUAGACACUGAACGAAACAAACAUUUCUCUCCAGACAGAGAUUGAGAUGCUGAAAGAUAGAAACUUUGCUGUCCACCCACAGAAUGAGACACCGAAAAGGAAAACUAGAUGCACUAAUUGCAGAAAUGGAGACACUCAAUAGGGCAAAUUUAAGAUCCAGAAUCUUGAGCCCGGCCUGUGUAAUAUGCUUGCUUAUGAUGAAUGCAUGCAUAUGCUACCUAAAGCGAUAAGGGUAUAUUUGGUAUUAUGUUUUUCUUUUUGAGGGAACCCAUUAUCACCAACACCACCAUAAGUUUACAGCUCAACUCAAUCCGACAAUUACUCAGAGUGUCAAUGACUUAUGCACAAAAUGGAAGAUCUUGAGAAGUCAAGAACAGUUCUUACUUCUCAGUGGUGAACUUACAAGAGGAAAAUGAUGUCUUCAUCAAUUUCAUGCUCUCAUCUAUCUAGUAGCUUCAAGUUUCAACAGAACACAAAACCCACUUCAACCUCAUCACAGAAGGCCAAACUUCACCAACAUUUCUGGAUUUCCCUUCGUAAAUCCUUCCAUUCAUCAGCGUAUCACCUGGCAAUAAGAUCCCAGUUCCAAAUACAGAGGAUAUACCAGACUAGCUUCCCUUCGUUGCUAUCUAGAAAUAGAAUUUCGUUGUGCAAGAGAUCUGCCCCUGUUCAAGGUGGUAUUUCAUCGAAUGGUUACAGUGCUAGUGAUGGGAGGAGUUUAAGGAACUGGAUUGAGUGGUUUAGUGAAUUGAUAUCAACUGCGUUUCCCUUGUGGGUGUCUUUGGGUUGUCUGUUGGGGUUGGUCAAACCCAGUUCCUUUGGUUGGGUCACUCCCAGAUGGACCAUGGUUGGUCUUACUCUUACCAUGGCUGGAAUGGGCAUGACUCUCACUUUCGAUGAUCUUCGUGGUGCUUUGGCCAUGCCUAAGCAGUUGCUUUCUGGUUUCGUGCUUCAGUACUCGGUGAUGCCGAUAUCUGGAUUUGUUGUCAGCAAGCUCUUAGGUCUGCCAUCUCAUUAUGCUGCUGGUUUGAUAUUGGUCGGUUGCUGUCCUGGUGGCACAGCAAGUAAUAUUGUAACUUAUAUUGCACGAGGAAAUGUGGCACUCUCAGUGUUAAUGACAGCAGCAAGCACUCUCGCAGCUGUGAUCAUGACCCCCUUUCUCACUGCUAAGCUUGCUGGGCAAUAUGUUGCAGUAGAUGCAGCUGGGCUGCUACUUUCAACACUGCAGGUGGUGCUUCUUCCAGUCCUGGUUGGUUCAUUCCUAAAUCAGUAUUUUCAAGGCCUGGUUAAAUUUGUCUCUCCCUUGAUGCCACCCCUUGCUGUGGGAACUGUUGCUGUUUUGUGUGGGCACGCGAUUGCUCAGAGUGCUUCUACAAUCCUUGUUUCUGGCAAACAAGUCAUACUAGCCGCGACUCUUCUUCAUACAUCUGGAUUUCUCUUUGGCUAUCUAUUUUCUAGGAUGCUGGGGCUUGACAUAGCAUCAUCACGAACCAUCUCCAUUGAAGUUGGCAUGCAGAACUCAGUUCUUGGAGUUUUUCUUGCAACUCAGCACUUUGGAAAUCCACUGACUGCUGUACCAUGUGCCGUUUCCAGUGUUUGUCACUCAGUCAUGGGUAGUGCUUUGGCAGGAGUAUGGAGACGCACUGUUCCCGAGAAGAAGUAGGAUUGAAAUUUGAUGUCAAUUUCAGCUAACAAUCGACUCUCUUGAUUUCUCUCCUUUGUUUUAUUAGACGUCUCAUUUGCUCCAUCUAGGAGUGUAGUUGUCAUCCAUGAAAAACUGGAUGAUGCUCGUAGCUUGUAUCCAUAUAUUUUCUGUAUUUGGUAUACAUUCAGGGCUCAGAAAAUUAACCUUAAACGAGUUCACUUUGAAUGGCAGUUUCUUUAAGAAAAUUCAACAAUUUUC